AUGCCCAUGUUGUCGUGCCGUGUGUUGUGUCUGUUGGCCAUUGUGCUCUGCUGUGUGGGUGUGGCUCAUGCUAAUGCUGCUGCUUCUGCUGAAUCACCAUAUAUGAUACAAUUGGUGACGGAGGCAAAGAAGUUGGCGGAAGUGACCAAGAAACUGAAAGAGGAGUGCGACACCGCCGGCAUGGCUGCUCGACAGGCCGGGGAAGAAGCUCAUGUAUUUGCUGAGGAAACUAAGACUAAUCUCGAAACAAUUGCUGCUGAUCCAAAAAAAGUGGAGGAAACGAAGAGUAAAGGUGAUGAACUCAUUAAAAAGGCAAUGAAGGCUGCAGAUGAUGCGAAAAAAGUGGCCGAGAAAACGACAGAAAGUGCAGAUAAAACUGACGAUCAAGCCAGCCUUGCUGAGUCAUCCGCAGAAGAUUCUGGACAGCAAGUACCGCCAGAAAUUCAGGAUGUAUUGAGUGCAGUUAAAGAUGCACAAAACGCGGUACGUGAGGCUGCAGGACAUAUCGACGCUGCGGAAACUUAUGCUAAUGGUUUGAAGGUUGUCCUGCAGCAACUCGACGCCGCAGUUGUUGUUGCUGCUGCCAAAGAGAAGGAGGAAGAAAAACAGGUGGAGCCUCAAACACAGCCACAGGAACAGACAAAUGAAACAUCUCGUCUACCCAAUAAUGCUACAAUAACGAAUGGCACCAAACGAAAUGACGGCAGCAGCAGCCCU